AUGUUAGAUAAUUAUUUUUUAAUACUAUGGAAAUAUAUUAAUAUAGGAGUACUUGUUAUAUUAAGUCAUAAGUCUAUAAUAAAUUAUGUGGGGAUAUCUUUUAUAUGUAAUGGGGAAACUUCAGUAUCUGAUACUUUACAAUUAGAAUAUAAUACAGAUUCUUACAGUAGUAUAACCUCUCCAACUUUAUCUUCAAUAGAAUAUGAUAAAUCAGAUACGAGUUCUAAUUAUAUGGAUGAUAAUCUUAAUAAUCUAAAUGUACUUGUAAACAGAUUAGAUAUUCCAAUUUAUAAGAAAACAAAUCCUAAUACAUUUAAAUCAAAUAAAUAUAUUUCAUUUAAUACAAUUGAAGAACAUUCAGAUGAUGAUGUAGAUAUUACAAAUGUAUUCAAUAAUUUAAUGAAAGAAAAUCUUAUAAAAGAAGAUCAAUUUAAAUAUGUAGAUAAUAUAAAAAAUUAUAAUAUUAGAACUCCAAAAUAUCAGUUAGCUCAUGGAGCAUCUUAUAAAAAAGAAUAUGAUAAAUAUCUUAGAAAAGAUAAAUUUAUUGUUCUUAUGAUUACACUUAAACCUUUUUUUACUGAUAAUUAUAAUACUGUUGUUAAUCCAAAUAUUACCUUAAAGGUUGAUAGUAAUAUAAAAGUAAAUUUACUUAUAAAAAAAAUUGAAGAUCUUUUUAAAAGAUUCUUUUCAAAUUAUAGAAUUAUAGAAAUUAUACAUAUAAGAAGUCAUCUAAUUCUAUCAGAUAUACCUCCAUAUAUUAAAAUUAAUAGUAUUGGAAUAAAAACUGGAGAUAAUAUAUUAAUAAUGUAUAAGAAUAUUAGUGAAGAUUUAUCACUUAAUGAGAAUAUAUUACUUGAAGAAAAUAUAUCAAUUGAUGAAGAUAACUUGGGCAAUGAAUUACCAUUAACACCAAUUAUAGAAUUAGAAUCAGAUAAUAUAAAUAAUGAUAUUACUCAAUCAUUAGAAUAUCCUCGAUUAGAUGAAGAUAAAAAUGAAGUAAUAAAUGAACAAGAAUUAAUAUUAGAUAAUAAUACUAUAUCUAAUUCUGAAAUAUAUAUACAAAAUUAUACAACAAAUAAUAAUUUACAAGCUCAAUGUUUUUAUAUAUUAUAUAUUGAAAGUAUAGAUUCUUUAAAGUCAUUUAAUAAAUCAAACCUUCAUAAUAAAGAAAUAAUUAGAUUUCAGGAAGACAAUAAUUGUACAUUGAAAGGACUUUUACAAAUUUUAAAGGCUGUUAUUGAGAAAAUAAAUACAAAUUUUGAUGUAUUAGAACUACGCCAUUUAAAAACAAAACAAGAUUUACUUAUUCAUAAAGAUCUCUCUAUUAUAUUAUCAGAUAUUGGAGUACAAAAAGGUGACGAGAUAUCUGCAAUUAUACUUGAUAAAGGUACUCUGAUCCCAACUUCUAGAUUAGAGAAAAUAAAUCAAAUAAAUAUUAAAGAUAAUCAAUUAAAGAAAAGUGAGAAACUAGUUAAUAAAAAAAACAAAAUAUUUUCUUUAAUAGUAUAUAUUCGAAAUCCUAAAUUUAAUAGAAAUUAUUCAAGAGGAUUAUUUAAUAAUACUACAGACUUGAAUUUAAAAUUUUAUAAACAUUUAAAACUAUAUUUAAGUAAUCAUAUUACUGUUAAGAAUCUUAUAAAGAAAGUUAUUAUGUAUCUUAAAUUUCCUAUUCAAGUCCAUUCUUUAUUAAUAUGUGGAGAUUCAUUUGUAGAUACAUCAAUUGAUAUUCCUAUAUCUUUAUUACCAACUAGUAUUUGUAAUUUAAAUAUUGAAGAAAUUAGAUCUAAAUAG